ACAGAAGAGAACCCCGCUCAAUGCCUCGAGUGCAGGAAAUGUUUCAUUUGGAAGUCAGAAAUAAUUACACAUCAUAUAAGCCACACAGGAGAUAAGUGCAUGGACUGUGGGGAAAGUUUCAUACAGAGUUCAGACCUUGAUAAACAUCAGAGAAUCCACACAGGAGACAGACCUCACAAGUGUGUGGACUGUGGGAAAAGUUUCAGACGGAGGUCAGCCCUUUUUAAACACCAGGCAUUGCACACAGGAGAGAGACCCCAUAAGUGCUUAGACUGUGGAAAAAGUUUCAUAUGGGGGUCAGACCUUGUUAAACAUCAGGCAUUCCACACAGGAGUGAGAUCCCAUAAGUGUUUAGUCUGUGGGAAAAGUUUCAUACGGAGGUCAGACCUUGUUAAACAUCAGAGAAUCCACACAGGAGAGAGACCUCACAAAUGCGUGGACUGUGGGAAAAGUUUCAUACAGAGAUCAGACCUUGAUAAACAUCAGAGAAUCCACACAGGAGAGAGACCUCACAAGUGUGUGGACUGUGGAAAAAGUUUUAUACAGAAGUCAGCCCUUGUUAAACAUCAGAGAAUUCACACAGGAGAGAGACCCCAUAAGUGCUUAGACUGUGGGAAAACGUUCAGAAUCACAUCGGCCCUUGUUUUACAUCAGAAAAUCCACACUGGAGAAAGCCCCCAUAAGUGCUUAGACUGUGGAAAAAUUUUCAUAUGGCGAUCAGACCUUGUUAAACAUCAGCGAAUCCACACAGAAGAGAGACCUCACAAAUGUGUGGACUGUGGAAAAAGUUUCAAACAAAGGUCAGACCUUGCUAAACAUCAGAGAAUCCACACAGGAGAGAGACCUCACAAGUGUGUGGACUGUGGAAAAAGUUUCAUACAGAAGUCAGCCCUUGUUAAACAUCAGAAAGUCCACACGAGAGGGAGACCCUAUAAGUGUUUGGACUGUGGGGAAAGUUUCAGAAUCCCAUCAUCCCUUGUUUUACAUCGGAGAAUCCACACAGGAGAAAGCCCCCAUAAGUGCUUAGACUGUGGGAAAAAUUUUGUACGGCGGUCAGACCUCAUUAAACAUCAGGCAAUCCACACAGGAGAGAGACCCUACAAAUGCGCAGAUUGUGGGAAAAAUUUUGUACGGACGUCAGACCUAAUUAAACAUCAGGCAAUCCACAGAGGAGAGAGACCCCAUAAGUGUUUGGAAUGUGGAAAAUGUUUCACACACAAAUCACAUCUUAUAGCACAUCAGAGGAUCCACACAGGAGAGAGGCCCCAUAAGUGCUUGGACUGUGGGAAAACUUACACGCAGAGAUCACACCUCACUAAACAUGGGAGAAUCCACACUGGAGAGAGACCCUAUAAGUGCUUGGACUGUGGGAAAAGUUACACACAGAAAUCACACCUCACUAAACAUGCGACAAUCCACACAGGAUCUAAACUUCUGUGACCCAUGUCCAGAAAGGGCUAAGAAACUUGCUGGCUAAUUGACCCAGAUUCAACCUUUAGACACAUCUUAGAAAUGUGUGUAAAUGGCAAUUAGCGCCAUUCCAUAUUAGAUAAGCUAGAGCUUUUAAAUGCAAACUUUUAUGGUUAAAGAACUGGAAGAAGCUAGUAAUUGUCAUAGUCCAGGGGUAGGCAACCUAUGGCACAGGUGCCGAAGGCGGCACGCAAGCUGAUUUUCAGUGGCACUCACACUGCCCAGGUCCUGGCCACCAGUCCGGGGGGCUCUGCAUUUUAAUUUA